AAGAGAAAAGAAGGUGGGUGGAGCCGUGUGGUGUGGGAGAGGCCCGGCUGAGCCAGCACCACCAGCAGCCUCUUCACUACUCUCGCCACCUGAGUCACGUGUUGUAAUAUAACCUAACCUCGUCCCUAAACCACAAGCACAACAUAUAAUCAAACACACCAUUUUUGUUGCAGAUGGGAUGUCGCUUUUUCGUAUGCCUCGUUUCCUGCGACGAUUUGUACGUCGAAACACUUCUGAAAUCCCUGUAGACCGAGCAAGUCAAACAAAACAGAGACUGUCCAUAGCCUAUGCUGUAGUUGCAUGGCACUUGUUUGGUGUUCUGGUUUAUUUGGUACAUACUAAACAACUCAAAGUUGAAGAAAACACUAGUGGCUUAUCUCAAGGUCGCCAGUUUGCAAAGAUGCUCAAGUUAGAAAAUCCUCAUUUAUAUCAGAUUCAAGGUGUAACAUCUGUGAAACACUUUGAUCUAAAUGAGGAGUUUGAAAAAGAAUCUGAAGAAAAUACAAGUGAUAUCUAAAAGAAU